AUGCCAGAACAAACCCUCGCCGGCAAGGUGGCCAUUAUCAGUGGCUCCUCGUCAGGAAUAGGCGCAGCUAUCGUGCGAGAGCUCUCAUCACGCGGUGCCAACACUGUCGUAAACUACCCUUUCUCCGAUCUACAAGCCGAGGCCGAUGCUGUAAUUUCAUCACUAGAGUCACCAUCAUCCGCGAUUGCCGUGGAAGCAGACAUGUCGCAAGUCGAUUCUGCGCAGAAAUUAGUCGACGCUGCGGUUGCGAAAUGGGGGCGUCUUGAUAUCAUCGUGAACUGUGUUGCAUUGGCCGUCAACAAGCCAUUGGAAGAACAGACGCUGGAAGACUGGGAUCUCCUGGUGAAUAUCAACGGCCGCGGCACAUUCCUCCUUACCAAGGCUGCACUGCCACAUCUCACGAAGGGAAGUGGGCGGAUCGUCAAUAUUGCGAGUAUCUCUGCUCGAGGUCCGCCACCGAAUCAGACCAUAUAUGCCGGGACGAAGGGGAUGGUUGACUCGUUCACAAAGUGCUGGGCGAAGGAGUUGCCUCCGAAAUACGGGUGCACGGUUAACGCCGUAAGCCCCGGUCCGACGCGGACGGAGGGGUUUGCUGCAGCUGGCGAUGAGCAAAUGAAAAUUCUCCAGCCGAUCAUCGACCAAACGCCUGUUGGGCCCCGUAUGGGACAACCGGACGAGAUCGCGUAUGCGGUUGGAUUUUUGUGUGAAGAAAGAGCUCGGUGGAUUAAUGGGGCACAUAUCAUUGCCUCUGGUGGGUUGUUUAUUGAUUAA